AUGGACUCCGGCGGCCCCCUAUCCACGCUUCCAGAGCAGAAUACCUCAACCAGCAGCAUAGGCAAGAACGGCUCCUUGGGCGAGAUCUCGAAGCGUGCGGGUGACCGCAGCAGGUGGGUUCCAGGCAAGGUGCUGCUGGAGUCCAUCUUCGAGAAGGAGACGUUCCCGCCGCGUUCCGUCCGGCUCAAGCUCGCCGCGCACCUCGGUGUCGAGGCGCGGCAGGUGCAAGUCUGGUUCCAGAACCGCAGGCAGAAGCUCAAGCGCGACAAGCAGCGUACUUCCGCGGCAGCUGGAACGACCACACCGCCGCCCUCCGACAUCGGCGCCGGGCCGGCAAUGGGCGAGCCACACGACGCUGGUGGCGCCGCUUCCUUCCGCCUGGGGCAGCCCGGCGGGCCCGGUGGCGGCGCGGAUGUCUGGCAGUUAUCGAGGGGGCGCACUGUCGUUUCUAUUAUUAAGCUGUGCGAGGGAGUUUUGUUGUAA